UGUUUAAUCAGUACAGUGCGCAGAGUUAGCGACAAAUUAGUGAGAAAAGUUCGGGAAGAAUUACUGUUGCUAUCACUACCCAUUAGCGAGCAUUGAAUGAGUACUGCGCAGACAACAAGUGUGUGAGUUUUACCGAACAUGUUUAAGAAAGAUCCUCAGCCUAAGGCUUCGGCCAACAUAAAGUCAUCAGAAAGAAGAAAACUUUUAGCAACCAUAUGUGAUGAGUAUCUGCUUAGUCAAGACAAGAUUCCUAAGGAUGACUUAAAUAAGAUUCUUCCGUUAACUACUAAGCAAGCCAGUUUUAAGAGUUUACAGGGAUUCAGUGGGACUCUCUACUAUGAUGAAAAUGAGACUCCUACUUGGUUUAAAACGCGAGAUUCACGGAUGUAUCCUUCACUAUUCACAGUAUGGAAAUGUCCCUAUAUAGUACCAGUGAUCAUGACUCAUCCUCAUGUCAUUGAGAUUCUUGAAGGUGGAGCAGAUUUAAUGCUUCCAGGAACAAUUCCUCCCUUUGAUAAACGGUGUGCGAGAGGCGCAGUUGUAGGAGUAGUUGAUAGUGCUAAUCCUACUGUAGUUAAAGCCAUUGGUCGAUGUAAUAUUGAUAUGUGGAAGUACGAUAGAGUGAUAGGAACUCAAGGAGUGGCGGUUGAGGUUCUUCACGUAUUUAAGGAUGAGUUGUAUAAGAAAAAUGAACUUGUAGAUAUUGCUGUGCCUAAGGAGUUAGAUUUAUCCAGUCCUGUAGAAGAGGAAGUACCUGCUGAAACAGAAGUGGAAUCAACUGAGCCGGUUGAAGAAAUGAGUGAACGUACACCAGAAGUGUCAGUAGCUUCCUCCAGUACAAUUGACGAUAUUGCUGAAGCCGUAUCGACCCUUACGGUAGAAGAAGUUGAUCAUUUCUAUAUCAGAUCGUUACAACAGACCAUAAAGCUCGAAACUAUCGAGUUACCUAUCAUUGCAUCCACAUUCAUGUCGUCGUAUAUUUAUAAGAAUUUACCAGUUAUAGAUAAUUCAUACUGUAAUGUGAAAAAGACAUCAUGGAAGAAAACCUCUAAAUUUCUUAAGGCGAUGGUCAAGGAGAAACUAUUAGAAGUUAAGGGUAAAGAUGAUGAUCUUUCUAUUGUGAAAUUAAUGGAUAAGUCUAAUCCAUUCAUAGAAAACUUUGUCCCUCACAAGACUAUUGGAUCAUUAUCCAAACCUAGUGCAGGUCCAACUCCAUCUAAGAAAGAUGGUGAAUCAAGAAUAAUACACUUGUACAAGCCCACUAACAAGUCAAGAAUGUUUUUCAAUAAGAUCGAUAAAAGGCAUGAUAAUUACUUUACUGCUAAUGAACUUCGAACCUUUAUAACUAAUUAUACCAAAUCUGCUAAACUCACCAAUCCUAAGAAUCCUAAGGAAAUCCUUGUGGAUGAUAUUUUACUGGGAAUUGUUGCCUCACCUAUCUCCACCAGUAUGGCAAGAGAUCAACUAUUUAAGAAAUUCUUAGCUACAUUUUCUCCUCAUUAUCAAAUAGUUAUGCCCGGACAAGAUGAAUUUGAUGCUGAAGUAUAUAAGGGAGAACCACCUAAAAUUAAUAUUAUUACUGAAAUGAGAAUCGGUAGAAAAGUUGUAACUCGAGUACUUAAUUUUGAAAAUUUUGGUAUAAAGCCUCAUAUUCUCUCGGAUGAAUUAAAAGUUAAGUGUUCUGGUUCCAGUACCGUUGGACCAUGUGUUCAAAAUCCUAAACUAACUGAAGUUACAGUACAAGGACCUCACGCAAAGAUUAUCAUUGAAUUGUUAAAGGAGAAAGGGGUUCCUAUUUCCAGUAUUGAAUUCGAAGAUAAGCAGAAGAAGAAGAAGAAGAAGACUACAUGAAUAGAGGUGUAUAAGGAGUUAAAGCAAUAAUAAUACAGAAU